AUGGCAGCCCAGCAUAAUGCCGUGCUGCCAACUGCUCUCAAAAUACCUGCCAUCCAGAAACUCACUAACAAGCGCGUCGUUCUCGCUUCUGCAAGUCCAAGGAGAAAGGAGAUACUCCAAACCCUGGGCUUGGCACCCGAGGUUAUCACAUCCACCUUUGCUGAGGACCUCCCACUCUCUUCAUUCGAUGAUAUUCAUGAAUACCCUGUUUCCACCGCGAUCCAGAAAGCAGUAGAGGUGUAUCAAAGAGUAUUAGCAGAGAAUCUAGACGAUGCACCCGAUCUCGUCAUCGGUGCGGAUACUGUCGUUUUCACUCAUGCACUGCCAUCGACGACGAAUGAGAUGGAGACGGGUGUGCGGCAAGAGCUUCUAGAGAAACCAUCCUCGAAAGGCGAUAAUAUGCGCAUGCUGAUGGACCUGAACGGGGGCGUUUGCGAGGUCGUAACAGGCGUUGCACUUGUGUAUCCAAUCUUGAGUGCUCCGGGAUAUGAGAUCAAGUCUAUAGAUGAACGGACAUUGGUGUACUUCGCUGACAAUCCGAAACAUGUACUCAAGGCGUAUGUGGACAGCGAGGAAGGUCUAGAUCGAGCAGGAGGCUUUGCAGUCCAAGGCCUUGGCAACUUGCUCAUUCGCAAGAUUGACGGGGACUUUUACAACGUCAUGGGGUUUCCUGGGGCGUCAUUUUUCAAGCUCCUUGACAUGCUCGUUGAAAAUGAAGAGGAUUUCCUCGAGAUAUAG